CCGCGUGCUACCGAAUCACUUCCUACAAACGCUUCAUGGUAGAAGGGUAAAGCGUAUCAUGAAGUGUCUUCCUGCGUUGUGUGUGAAUACAAUCCUCGCUUUCAGUUGCAGAUGUGGCGCAGAAUAUUGAGUCCUGGUGUGAUUGGUAGGACACGUUUCUGUUGGAGGAGUCUCUUCACCAUGCAGCUGAAGACCAGUGAAUUCCAGUCUCUGUUCACUGAUGGACUGAACGGACUAGCAGAGGUGUUUGAGAAGCACCAGCAUGAGCUGAGAAUAGCUGGAGGUGCUGUACGGGACCUGCUGUCUGGAAAACGACCUGAAGAUGUGGACUUUGCCACCACAGCUACUCCAGAGGAGAUGAAGCGCAUGUUCCAAACUGCUGGUAUUAGGAUGAUCAACAAUAAAGGAGAGAAGCAUGGGACCAUUACAGCUAGACUACACAAUGAGAACUUUGAGGUGACCACGUUGCGGGUGGACGUUCAGACAGAUGGCCGUCACGCCGAGGUGGAAUUCACCACUGACUGGCAGAAAGACGCAGAGAGGAGAGACCUCACCAUCAAUUCCUUAUUUUUAGGUCUUGAUGGCACAUUGUACGACUAUUUCAAAGGAUAUGAAGACCUGCAGAACCGUAAAGUUCGGUUUGUUGGCAGCGCAGAACAAAGAAUCCAAGAGGACUACCUGAGAAUUCUGCGCUAUUUCAGGUUCUACGGCAGGUUGGCUUUGAAUCCUGAUGACCACGAGCCUGAGACACUGACCGCCAUCAGGGAAAACGGCCGUGGCCUGGCAGCCAUAUCAGGAGAACGGAUUUGGGUGGAACUGAAGAAGAUGGUGAUUGGCAACCAUGCGAGUCAUCUGCUGGAGCUGAUGUACAGCCUGGAACUGGCCCAGUAUAUGGGUCUACCACCAGAUGGCAAUGUUGAGGAGAUGAAGCGAGUGUGGCAGAACGCCAAAACCCACUCUCCCAAACCCAUGACCAUCCUGGCUGCUCUCUUCACCUGCCCAGAGGAGGUGGAAAAGAUGGACAUCCGACUGAAGGUUUCCAGGGAGGAGAAGAAUCUGGCUCUGUUCCUGGUCAAAUACAGACGGGAGCUCUGCAAGAGCAACGGCGAGCCCGACAGCCUCAAACCCUUCACUGACUUUAUAAUUGAUAGUCGGGAGCUGGAUUCUCAGAGUAAAGUUUGCGAGCUGCUGAAGUAUCAAGGUGAGGAGAAGCUGCUGGCGGAGCUCUGCAGAUGGUCCAUCCCUCGCUUCCCCGUCAGCGGUCACGAUCUGAGAAGGAUGGGCGUCACCUCAGGCAAGGAGAUAGGUGCCACCUUACAGAAGCUCCGUGACAUCUGGAAGAAAAGUCGUUAUCAGAUGGACAAAGACGAACUCCUCAGUUACGUUAAGUCUUAAUAAGCAGGUACAACUGGAAAAGCAGAGGUGGUUUUGUGUGUGUCAGAGAGUGCUGCUCACAGGUAUUGAUUGAGCAGACUCAUUCAUAUUGUUGAGAAAGGACACUACAAGAAUGGAGACGUGCAAACCCACUGAUGAAUACAAUUUCAUCCUAAAUUACCCCUGGGCCACUUUUGUUCAUCUUCAUCACCGUGUAAAGCUACCACCAUAUGUGUAAUAGACCAGGGCAGCUGAUUUACCAACAUGUUUUAUUUCACAGUUCUGCUGAUUAUGCAACUUCCUUGGAUUAAAUGGCUGAUAUUAUGCCGACGUUCAGCCAGUUCUAAUCUUAACUUUGGGCACUUAUUAGCUGGUUAGAUAUGAUGAAGGAAAAUGAAACAUGGAGGUUGGAAUCGGUGAUGAACAGUGAAAUAAAAUGUCAGGGCAAUUAAAAGAGAAAAUAGUUAUUUUCAUUAUUGAAACAACAUUAGAAAGUAGAUGUUUGUUUUUUUGAUUGUUUGGGUUUCAUUGCAAUUAUAUCUUAUUUAACUGUUAUGUUUUCUGUAAGGACGAC